AGUUGUUCAAGUUCCUGUACCAAAUAUGCCAAGAGGCGGUAAAAAAGGUCACAAGGGUCGGGGAAAGCAGUUCAGCAACCCAGAAGAGAUCGACAGACAGAUGAAAGCACAGAGGGAGCUGGAGGCGAAUGGCGGGGUAGAGAAGGAGGAGGAGAAGUCAUCAGGAUCUGACGACAGCAGCAGUGAAGAGGAGGACAUUAACAAGAAGAAGAGUGGAGUGGAGGGAUUGAUCGAGAUUGAGAAUCCCAACCGCAUAUCGCAGAAAAGUAAGAAGGUGACCGAGCUAGAUGUCAACGCACCCAAAGAGCUGUCACGCAGAGAGAGGGAGGAGAUUGAGAAGCAGAAGGCAAAGGAGCGCUACAUGAAGCUGCACCUGGAGGGGAAGACGGACCAGGCACGGGCUGACCUCGCCAGGCUGGCCAUCAUCAAGAAGCAGAGAGAGGACGCGCAAAAGAAGAGGGACGGCCUCAAAAAAGAAGCUGAAGACUCCAAGUCCAAGCGUUAGUCCCCUGUCUCCCGAGGACUUGGCCUGGCAAACGUUCUGCGGAGGCUGGAGAGACGAGAGAAGAUUGUAGGAGGGAGGGGAGGGGA